UCUUAUCUUCCAUAAUCCAUUGAGUUUCUUCUUCUUCUUCUUUUGUGACCAAAAUGUUCCUCCCCUCGGUUUUCUUCAUUUUGCUACAGAUUAUGAUCCUCCUAUCAUCAUCAUCAUCAGCUACCAUCGAACAAGGUAAACCAGGUUGUCUAACUAAAUGCGGAAACAUUACCAUUCCAUAUCCAUUUGGUGAUUACGGUCAAUAUUGUUCCUUUGUAGAAGAUGAUGCUGGAAAGUUGUAUUACGUCUACUGUAAUACUUCUUUUAGUCCUCCCAAGGCCUUCCUUGGAAUGAAUGGCGAUGAAAUCGAGGUUCUGAGUAUCUCAGACACAGAAUUUCGUGUUAAAAACACCGCUAUAGCUGCCAAAUGUUACGAUGAUCAAACUGGCAAGUUAGUGGUAGACAAUCCUUUUUACAAUUUGGAUUUGGGGGCUACCCCGUUCACCAUCUCGUACACCAAAAACAUGUAUGCUGGGGUCGGGUGCAAUAUACGGGCGGCUUUUUCUCAAACUUCCAGAGGUUGUGUCUCAAAAUGUGCGAAUAAGGCGGAUAUAGUAGAAGGGUCCUGCAGUGGGAGCGGUUGCUGUGAGGCAAACAUCCAAAAGGGUUUGAACAAUUUUAACGAAUCUAUACUUACAUCAGAUAAUCCCGUUCAGUCUUUCAGCCAGUGCAAUUUCGCGUUCCUGGUUGAAACAGGACAGUACACAUUCCAGGGAUCGGAUCUGCAACUAGAUGGACGCCUUACAAAACCUGAUAUGGAUUUACCAGUGGUGCUUGAUUGGGCUAUUGGAGGACGGAGUUGUAAAGAAGCACAAUCGAUAUCAUCUGAUAUUCCAUCAGAUAGAUAUGCAUGCAAGAAUAAUACUGUCUGCAGUAAUGCACCAGAUAAUCCUGGGUAUCGUUGCGCUUGCGAAAAAGGUUAUGAAGGAAACCCUUAUCUUGGAUGCCAAGAUAUCAACGAAUGUGAGGAUGAAAAUAACAACCCCUGCUACGGAACAUGUACCAAUACAAUAGGAGCCUAUAACUGUUCUGCUUGCCCAGAAGGGACUACCGGUGAUGGGACUAGUUGCACGACCAUCAGCAAAGAUGGAUUUCCAGUAUUAAGAGUUGCACUUGGUCUUAGUUUGGGAUUAUUGUCUGCAUUUGUUUGCGGGUUAUUCUUAUACUUAUGCAUAAGGAAACAAAAGUUGCUUAAACUCAAAGAACAAUUCUUUCAACAAAAUGGUGGAUUACUGUUAAGGCAACAAUUACCUUCACGUGAUGGCGUUGUAGACUCCACGAAGAUCUUUACACAAGCUGAAUUAAAAGUGGCAACUAACAAUUUCCAUUCCAGUCAAGUGCUAGGAGAAGGAGGCUUUGGUACAGUUUACAAGGGAACUUUAUCUGAUAAUCGCGUUGUUGCUAUUAAGAAGUCGAAACAGAUUGAUAAAAGUCAAAUUGAACAAUUCAUAAAUGAGGUUCUUAUUUUAACUCAGAUUAACCAUCGAAAUGUAGUCAAACUCUUAGGUUGUUGUUUAGAAACCGAAGUUCCGUUGCUUGUUUAUGAGUUUGUAUCUAAUGGUACCCUUUCCCAACAUAUCCAUCAAAACGGUGCUUUUGAGAUGUCUUGGGAAAAUCGUUUAAGGAUUGCUACAGAAAUCGCAAGUGCAAUAGCAUACUUACAUUCUGCAGCAUCUAUACCAAUCAUUCAUAGAGAUAUAAAGUCUGCAAAUAUAUUACUGGAUGAAAAUUACAUUGCUAAGGUUGCAGACUUUGGAGCAUCAAGAUUAAUUCCUUUGGAUCAGACUCGUGUCAACACUGCGGUUCAAGGCACAUUCGGGUAUCUGGAUCCAGAGUACUUCCAUUCGGGCGAACUAACUGAUAAGAGUGAUGUGUAUAGUUUUGGUGUAAUGCUGGUAGAACUCUUAACAGGACUAAAACCAGUUAGUAUGGAGAGACCAGAAGAACAAAGAAGCCUUACAGGCUAUUUUCUUUCUCUGACCGAAAAAAAUGAAGAGUUCAAGAUCAUUGAUGCUCCAGCGGACGAGGGACAUCUGCAACAAGUCCUUGCAGUCAUUGUAAUUGCUAAGAAAUGCCUCGAGUGGAAGGGGGAAGAAAGGCCACCAAUGAAACAAAUUGCAGCAGACUUACAAGUUCUUUUGAAGUUCAAUUCAGUUGGAUGGGAUUGUCAACCUCUGUCCCACGAAGAAACAACUGAUUUCCCAUCUGAGAUGAAUAACCUUUACAGUAAAAUUCCAUCGAAUUUGUUCGACCAUUCCAGCAAUUACACUUCAGAGACAAAUGUUGACCUCUCUAUGAUGAUUCCUCGAUGAAAUUGCAUACAGGCCAACUUAAUUUUUGCAGGAGUAAGAAUUCAAUGUAUUUUCCAAAUAUGUGUGAAGGUUUUGUUUUGAUUAAGAGUUGUGCAAAUACAAAUCAUUUCAUUUUAAUUUUGCUU